AUGCCGCUGGGCCUGAAGCCCACCUGCAGCGUCUGCAAGACCACGUCAUCCUCGAUGUGGAAGAAAGGCCCUCAAGGGGAGAUCCUCUCUCCGCAGAGCAACGGGGGCGGGGGCGGCAAGCAGAGUAAGCAGGAAAUUCACAGGAGGUCCGCUCGACUCCGAAAUACGAAAUACAAAUCUGCUCCAGCUGCUGAAAAGAAAGUUUCUACUAAAGGAAAAGGGAGAAGACAUAUUUUUAAAUUAAAAAAUCCUAUCAAAGCUCCAGAGUCUGUUUCUACCAUAAUCACUGCAGAAUCAAUUUUCUACAAGGGAGUAUAUUACCAAAUAGGAGAUGUUGUUUCUGUGAUUGAUGAACAAGAUGGAAAGCCCUACUAUGCUCAGAUCAGGGGUUUCAUUCAGGAUCAGUACUGUGAGAAGAGCGCAGCCCUGACGUGGCUCAUUCCCACUCUCUCUAGCCCCAGAGACCAGUUUGAUCCCGCGUCAUACAUCAUAGGACCAGAGGAAGAUCUCCCAAGGAAGAUGGAAUACUUGGAAUUUGUUUGUCAUGCACCUUCGGAAUAUUUCAAGUCAAGAUCUUCACCAUUUCCCACUGUUCCCACCAGACCAGAAAAGGGCUAUAUAUGGACACAUGUUGGACCUACUCCUGCAAUAACUAUUAAGGAAACCGUUGCCAACCACUUGUAG